AUCAUGGUGCGCAAUUGCGCAGCAAGGAGCAGAUKAGAUGUGAUCCCAGUGUCAUGUUCAGGGAGGAAACUACCGCAGCGCCUCAAGAAAACAACCCUUCCGCCCGCCCUGACCCGGCUCCUGGGGAACAGAAUUUAAAAUCUCCCCCCUAUAGGAGGCAGUUUUUUUAAAAUCCCAGUGAUCAGGUUUGUGUUGUCGAAGACUUUCGGUUUCUAUAGGGGAAGAAUGAACUGGACUUCAGAUUGUCGUGACUCUAACUCAUGAUGUGAGUUUUUGCAACAUGACCGCGGAAGCACGCUGCGCAAGUCUGGAUAUUUAAGCACCAUGGACGCAGCUGGCAUCGCUGCCUCUGCGCUGAUUUUGGGGAUUAUUGUCGUCUCGCUGCUGUCCAACGUGGUGGUGCUGAUCUGCUUUCUGUACAACGCGGAGAUCCGCAAGCAGGUACCUGGGCUUUUCAUCCUCAACCUGACGUUUUGCAACCUGCUGCUGAGCGUGUGCAACAUGCCACUGACUCUGGUCGGGCUCGUCACCACGGGCUACCCGGGAGGCAGCAGCGGCAUCUGCCAGAUCGCGGGGUUCCUCGACACUUUUCUCACCACAAACUCCAUGCUCAGCAUGGCAGCGCUCAGCAUCGACAGGUGGGUGGCGGUGGUGUUCCCGCUCAGCUACCACUCGAGAAUGCGGCGCAGGGACGCGGUGCUGGCGCUGAGCUACACUUGGAUACACUCGCUUUGCUUCGCCCUGGUGGCCGCCUGCCGCUCCUGGGUCGGCUACAACCAGGUUUACGCGUCGUGCACCCUCUGCAACACCCGGGCGAAGGGAGCUGGGACGCAGUUCAUGGUGUUCACCUUGGCUCUGCACACUCUCACCUUCCUGCUCACACUGGUUGUGAUGUGUGUCACGUACCUGAAAGUGCUGAAAGUUGCGCGGUUUCACUGUAAACGCAUCGAUGUGAUCACCAUGCAGACGUUGGUGCUGCUGGUGGAUAUUCACCCCAGUGUUCGCCAGAAAUGCCUGGAGGAGCAGAAGCAGAGGAGGCAGAGGGCCACCAAGAAGAUCAGCACAUUCAUUGGCACGUUCUUGGUUUGCUUCACGCCUUAUGUCAUUACAAGAAUUGUGGAGCUCUUCUCMCCUGGGUCUAUAAGCCCUCACUGGGGCAUCCUGUCCAAAUGCUUGGCCUACAGCAAGGCAGUGAGCGACCCUUUUGUCUACUCGCUGCUGCGUCACCAGUACAGGAAGACCUGCGGCUCUCUGGUCAAUAAAGCCCUCAAGAGGAGUCCUCUGAACUCCUCCUCCCUCAGGAUAGAAAGCAAAGCAGGGAGGAACACAAACAACUACAACUCGACAAGCCACACUCAGUCGUCACUCAGUAAACCUCUCAACCCAUGAAGGCAGUCACAUCCAGAGACAUUUAGGACUUUUGCAACGUCUCGAAGACCUUACUUUGGGGUUGACCCUCAUGGGAAUUGGCUUAAGACUGCAGAUCAGUCUCUCCCUAAUGGUGUAACAUGAAAACACACACGAUUGUCACUCAGUUUUCUUACUGGAAGAAAAACAAAAGGCUGAAGAGAUUUUGCAUCUAUUUUUGUAUCUUACAGUGAAAAAAAGAGGCUCACGAGGCAAAAGCUAACAACAGUAUGUUGUUUUGUUGUCUCUUCAUGCUGUCUGACCUUACCAGGCUUUUUGACACACUCAGCCGAAUGCUCAUUUGUUCCUGCCAACAACAGCAUUCUUUUAAAAGUAGGUCACAAAUAAAACCCAAUUUUGUUUGCAUCAAAACGGUAAAAUCAUCUCCUCRUGCAGAUUGGGCAAACUUUGGUCAGUGGUCUUGAAAGUAUUGGAGCAUUUAAGGGUGAGCUAUUUUUAGCAGCAAGAUUGUGUUAAAAAUCAGCCAUGUUUUUCGUGUUCACGGUAACAAAUGCACACAGCACCUAUGCUUUUCUUUUUCAUUAGUCAGUAGUCAGUGGGAUCAGUUUAUUUAAAUAACAAGUGUUUUACUCCUACGUUUGUAAGCUUUAGAUAUUAUAGGCAUAGUUUGCAACAUACAGUUAAUUUAAUAAAAAUGGGUGAUUUAAUAAAGAAAUCAACACUUGACUCAGAUGUGUCAUUAAAGGCACAGGGCAUGUUCAAUAUUUUGAAAUUUUCAAACUGGUUGAUAUUUGUAUACAAAUGGUAAAAGGCAUUUAAAAGUUUUUUUAGAUGUAAUAUGUGUUGUAUUGUAGCUUAACUGAAUUGCUGUAUUUUCUUAUUGUCUCAGACAUAACAUCUGACCUCAGUAAUAAUCAUCAAGCUGGAUAAAAUGUUCAUUAGAUAGUUUAAAACUGACCAUCAGUUUGACCGUAGGGUGGUGGUUUUGUGCACUAUACGGUGAAAAGKUUUAUCAAAGUUUCUCUGUAUUGUAGCUGUGAGGUGUGAGUUAGAAAGUGCCUUUAAAAUCCUGAAUUCAGAUCAGAUCAAAACACAACAGAAGAAACAAUUCAUGAGGAAAUUUCUCAGUAUUUUUGUGCUAUGUGGUUAAGUAUUAUGAUAAAAGUAGUUUGUUAUUAAAGUAGCUGCCUUAUUCUUUAUUGUUACAGAUCAAAAUAAUGAAAUGUGUUUUUGAGUGUGGUAGGAUUCAGUACUGUGUAAUUAAAGUCCAGCAUUUGCAUCAGAAAAAAAAGUUAUUUUGUUGACACUGGGUUAUCAGGAUGUUGUAUUUUUAUUUAACUGUGACUGUAUGAAGCCUGCGAAAGGCAGAGAAUCUAUUUAUUUUUGUCAAACUGUGUUCAUUUUUUUU